CAUUAUUUAUCGUUGCUUCCUGCUGCUGCUGCUGCUGCCACUGCUGCAGCUGUUGUGAGAAGUGCUUCUCUUUGGCGCCUUUAGCUCUGUGGGCAGGGUUUGCGUGCUUCCGAUUCGUGUCAGCAAGGAUGGCGGGACUCCUGCGCUAUGUGCUGCUGCUGGCCCUAGUCUUGCUUAUCGUCGUUCCUUUUGCUCGCUCCGACGAUGACGGAUCUGAUAACCGUGUGGAGUCUGAUAACCCCUUGGUGGAAUACGAUAAUCUCCUGGAAUCUGAUAAUAUCGUGGGAUCCACGGAGGAGAAUCACCUCCUCUCCGCGCUUCCCGCGCGCCAUCCGCUGAUCGGCGCGCUGCGCAGCACGGAGGAACACUUCGCGCGUUUCAUCCACCGUUUCAACAAGUCGUACGCGGCGGAUCUCCGCCAGUACCGCGCGCGCCUGCGCAUCUUCCGCGCGAACCUCCUCCGCGCGGCGCAGAUCCAGCUGCAGGACCCCUCCGCAGAGCACGGGGUGACGCCCUUCUCGGAUCUCACCCCGGAAGAAUUCGCUAAGACGCAUCUCGGCCUGCUGCCCGUGAAUUCCGCGAAAUCGGCGCGCAGCUCGCUUCUGGAGAGCCUGAAAGCGGAGGGAGGGUUGGAGAGGUCGGAGCUGCCGACUGGGGAUCUUCCCUCGGAGUUCGAUUGGCGCGAAAAGGGAGCAGUGACGGGCGUCAAGAACCAGGGCAUGUGCGGCUCCUGCUAUGCCUUCAGCGCCGUGGGAGCAUUGGAGGGGGCGCACUAUCUGGCGACGGGCGAGCUGCUCAACCUCAGCGAGCAGCAGAUCGUCGACUGUGACCAUAAUUGCGAUCCCAAGGAAAAAGAGGCAUGUGACUCUGGGUGCGGCGGCGGGCUAAUGAACAACGUGUUUCGCUACAUUCAGAAAGCAGGCGGGCUGCAGACGGAGCAGGAGUACGGGUACACCGGCAGGGAGGGGCGCUGCCAGUUCGACUCCGGGCGCGUGGCAGCACGCGUCGAGUCAUUUGUGGAAGUGCCUCAGAAGGACGAUCAGAUGCAGGCGCAUUUGGUCAAGUACGGCCCUCUGGCAGUUGCCCUCAACGCCAACUGGAUGCAGUCAUACGUGAAGGGCGUGUCCUGCCCUCUGCUCUGCAACCGCCACGCGCUGAACCACGGGGUGCUCAUGGUGGGGUAUGGGUCGCACGGCUUCUCCCCGGCGCGGCUGCGCUACAAGGACUACUGGGUGAUCAAGAACAGUUGGGGCAGCAGCUGGGGCGAGCAGGGCUACUACAAGCUGUGCCGGGGGAAGGACGAGUGCGGGAUUGAUUCCUAUGUCUCGGCUGUGGUUGCUGUCAAUCCUGCUGGUGAAGGCUUGGCGACAGAGUAGGUCGUGCGGUGGGGCGAGGUGGGGGUGAGGUGAGGCAGGGGUGGGGCGAGCAGGGCUACUACAAGCUGUGCCGGGGGGAGGCCGAGUGCGGGAUUGAUUCCUAUGUGUCGGCGGUUGUUGCGGUGAAGCCUGCUUCUGCUGGAGGUGGUGCUGCUGGAGAGUAAGGGGUGAGGGGAGGGCAGAAGGGGGAAGGGCAGAAGGGGGAAGGGCAGAAGGGGGAAGGGGAGAAAGGGGAAGGGCAGAAGGGGGAAGGGCAGAAGGGGGAAGGGGAGAAAGGGGAAGGGGAUAAAGGGGAGAGGGAGAAAGGAGAAGGGGGAAGGGGAGAGGGGAGCUGGAGUACGGCUCGCACGGCUUCUCCGCUUCCGCGGCUGUGUUGAGAGGAGAGAGGAAGAAUGAUAAGACAGUGGUAGGAAGAGGUAGUGAGGCAAGACAAGAGUCGUGGGGGUGUUGGGGACUAGGCUUUGUGCGGUUGCCGGGAGGAUUGUGAACCUGUUGAAAUGCGCUACUGUGCAUAGUGAUUUCUCUUUGUGAACUUCCUCCCUAUCCUGCAUUGUUGCACCUAUUGCACCUUAGUAGCAGGAGAGUACUAUCACUUCUG